GUCGCUGUAUUCGUAACUAGCAAGAGCACUGGUUCUACACAAUGUGCACAUGCUUCGAAUAUAGCCAGAUCCAAUUCAGACUCGACCUCCCCAAAUGGAUGUCGUACGGACCUCGUCUAGUCUCACUCGUCGGUGUCAAUGUUGUUCCCAAGUCCAGGCUGCUGUUUCAAAUGUGGUUCUCGAAUCUCUACAGGCUCUUAGAUGUUCCAUACCAGUAUUGGACGAACUGCCGCUGAUAAAUUCCUCCACCGCCGCCGUACUAUUGACUCGCCUGGAGGAAAAACACCUGUACAGAGGUCUGGACCACGGUAACGGGCAAGCGGAUUGCGCUUCCUGUUCGUGUCGAACGAUUGGAAGUUUGGAACCCCAAGUAUAUUUCGGAAACGAGCAUCCACCUGUUACGGCGAUGGACUCCGUGCAUGUAGGUGCUCCACUGGCACGGGCCUGGGGCCUGUUCUGCACUGCACUACUCACUAUCGUCUACUCAGCUAUGAUCUUCGUGUACCAAGCGCUCUGUCUGCAGGCGCAAUCAGCAAAGGACUUUAUCAUAACAAUUACAAGGACAACGACGAUUCUUUGCUUUUUGUUUGCUGUGCUAGGCACCAAUGUUUCAGGGUGGCGCAAAUGUGAUGGCAUGAAUCAGGGAAAUCUGGGGAGAUGCCGUACUUAUUGAGCCUUGGAUGUCUGUGCAUCCCUUGAUGCCCGUCAAUUGAUAGU